CCUCACCUUCGUCAUCCGGACCCUGGAUUUCAGUUACUACUUCCUCAAUUCUCCCUGCAUCGUAGCGAGCCGCACGCCCUACCGGCCGAUGAGAUCGAGCCGAGCGAUUGCCCUAGCCCGCGCCCGUGCUCAGUUCGAUCUUUACGAGUAGAUUCAGCGCACUUCAGUUCGAUUUUCGCGAGUAGAUUCAGCGCAGUUUUUCCUAAAUUUUCGUGGCAAUUUUUCCGUGAUCUGCCCGCUCCAAUCAGCCAUGGUGAAGGAGGCGCCCACCACCCCGAGCGCCAAGGGCAAGGGCAAGGGCGCCGCGUCCGCCUCCGCCUCCGCCUCCGCGCCGACGCUGCCGUCCAAGUCCACCCCCGGAUCGGCCAGGCGCAAGAAGUUGUUUAAGAAGAAGAAGGCCAAGGCCGAUCCGGAGAAGCAAAAGGCGGCCGCCGCGGCUCAAGUCGCGGCCUCCGCCGACGCACCUGCUUCCGGCCCUACGCCUGUGGUUCCUGCUUCGGUGCCUACGCUGGUGGUUCCCGCUCCGGCCGACGCCAACACUUCGGCCGCCCUUGUGGUCGCCGAGAACGGCGGGGCUGAUGGGAAGAUGGUCGCCAAGACCAACGGUGAUGGCGAUGAGACCAUCGCCAAGGACAAGGGUGAUGGCAGUAAGUCCGUCGCCGAGAACAACGGUGAUGGCAGUAAGUCGGUCGCCGAGAACAAGGGUGAUGGCAGUAAGACCGUCGGCGAGAACAAGGGUGAUGGCAGUAAGACCGUCGCCGAGAACAAGGGUGCUGACAGGAAGACCGUCGCCGAGGACAAGGGUGCUGACAGGAAGACCGUCGCCGGGAACAACAGUGCUGACAGGAAGAUGGGCACUGGGAACAACAGUGCUGACAGGAAGAGGGGCAGGAAGGAUAAGAUGAAAGGGAGGGUUAAUGGGGAAGGACAGGGGAAGAUGAAGGGGGAAGGACAAGGGAGGAUGAAUGCGAGGGGGGAGGAGAAGGACAAGAAGGACGGCAUAGCGGGGGAUGAGAGGGGCAGCGCUGGGUUUAUCUUCAUGUGCAGCGCAAAGACCAAGCCGGAGUGCUUCCAGAACAGCGUGUUUGGGUUGCCCAAGGGGAAGAUAGAUGUGGUGGAGAAGAUCCGACCAGGGGCGAAGCUGUUCCUGUAUGACUUUGAUCUGAAGCUUCUCUAUGGGGUGUACAAGGCAACGGCAAAAGGAGGGAUGGAUCUUGUGCGACGUGCUUUCAAUGGGAAAUUCCCUGCUCAGGUCAAAUUCAGGAUUGAUAAAGAUUGUCUUCCGCUUCCUGAGAGUAGUUUCAAGCAUGCCAUUAAGGAGAACUACAAUUCAAAGGGAAGAUUCACCCAAGAGCUCAAUUCUAGACAAGUCCGUAAGCUACUAGCACUAUACAAGCCAAUUAACAUACAUCGGCCAUCUUCCCAACAUGUUCAAGAAGUUCCUCAGACAAACCGUGUUGAAGGGCGCAUGCCUCACUAUGUUGAAGAAAGGCGACAGCCAUAUGAUUAUGAAGAAAGGCGGCUGGCACGACAUCAUGAAGAAAUGCAACACCCACAAUUUGUUGAAGAAAGGAGAUUAGCCUAUGAUUAUGAACAAAGAAGGCCAUCACUCCAUGUUGAAGAAAUUCGACGCCCACAGUUUGUUGAAGAAGUUCAGCCACCUACAUACUAUAAUGCUGCUCCUGCUCCUCAUGGUUCAUACCAUCCACAUCAAGCUAAUAUCAUUUAUGAAAGGGCUCCAGGUGAUGCAUUCCUUCCUAGAGACUACAGAGUGCCGCAGCAGGAGGUCGCCGCGCACCCCAACUACGCUGAUGAGAUCUACCGUGGUGCUUACACAGCCCCUCAGGACCCGUCCUACGCGACCAGGCCCGCUGCUUACCCGGCAAAUCUCCAGGGGCCUGCUGUUUCAAGGGUGCCCGUGUCCGCCCUCUACUCCUUUGCUGGCGCACCAGCAUACAGAUGAUCGCUACAGCGCUCGCUCUCAAAUCAGUCCCCGGCCGGCAUGAUUGCCUGUUGGUGUAGCUAGCGUCGUCGUUUGUCGGAUCCUUGAUUCGGAUGUUGUUUGCAACAAGUGUUGUACUGGAACGUGUCGUUUGCAACAAGUGUUGUACUGGAACGUGUCGUUUGCUGUUAAACAAGUGACUUUCCUGACAA